CAGACGUGAACGACUCGCACGGUGCCAGCCAAUCAGGGAGGCGCUAGCAGAAGACAACAAUAUGGAGGUCUUCCGCAUCUUCGUCCUCCUGUCAGUUCUGGCCAAUGUGAAGGCUGCUUCUAAAGUACUGGAACUGAGUGAUAGAUUCCUGGAGCUUCGAGGAGAGUCAACAUGGCUGAUAAUGUUCUAUGCUCCCUGGUGUGGCCACUGCAAGAAGCUCGACCCAGUAUGGAACCACGUGGCCCAUGCGUUAUACGGCACCGAUAUCCGAGUGGGACGUGUGGAUUGUACCCGCUUUACUGCCGUGGCGACGGAGUUUGUCAUCAAGGGAUUUCCCACAAUAAUGUACGUAAAAGGGCACAUCCGCCAUGUUUACAAGGGUGAUCGUGUCAAGGAGGAAAUUAUAGGAUUUGCCUUAAGGAUGUCGGCGCCCCCUAUCCAACACAUACAGUCCUCGCGUCACCUCAAGGAAACAGUAGAUAGAGGAGACCUUUUCUUCAUAUAUGUUGGAAAUCAAGAAGGAGAUUUAUGGGAAUCCUACAGAGCGCUGGCUAAUGAAUACAGACCAUUUUAUUACUUCUAUCACAUUGACGCCACUUGUAUGGAGGAGCACGUUAAGUUGGAGUAUAACCCAGCGGUGAUGGUGUUCAAGGACGAGAUGCAAUUCUUCUACCCAGUACCAGAUGAAAUAGAUAUGGCAGAGGACAGCAACCUACUCAACACCUCCUUGACGGACUGGAUCAACCACGAGCGCUUCACAACCUUCGUUAAAGUGACUCACGGGAAUGUGCAUCAGUUAUGGAAGAUCAAUAAGUUCCUGGCCAUAACGGUAGUGAAGGAGAGUAAGAUUGGCCGGAUCACGACGGACGAAGAUGCAGAAGACUAUGUUGAUGGGUACAAGUUUAAAGAUAUGGUCGAGUCGGUUAUUCGCAACAGCCGGGACAAAUAUCACAAGCAUUUCCAAUUCGGCUGGACUGGAACACCUGAUUUAGCGAACAGCAUUGCCAUGGAGCGCCUUCCACUCCCUUCCUUGCUGGUGGUGAACUCGACCACCAUGCAGCACCAUCUCCCCGAGGACCCAGCACAGCACCUCACUCCAGCAGCUGUUGAGAUGUUCCUAGACUCCAUCAUAGCGGAAACUGCACCGUCGUACGGCGGUGACUCAUGGCCUAUAAGAGUCUACCGAACCUAUUACAAUGCCAAGACGUCCCUGGAAGAGAUGUGGCAAGGCAAUCCGGUGUUAACUUCGGUUCUCUUUGGUCUGCCAAUGGGCUUCCUGUCACUAAUCUGUUAUUCCAUAUGGUGCUCGGAUAUCCUGGAUGCUGAUGAGGAGGAAGAGGACCAUCAUGAAAAGAAAGAAUGAUGGAAGAUGAGAAGAUAUAAUCAAAUUACUUGUUACAUUGAGUACCAGUAUAUGGACUACUUGGCUGUGUUGCAAGGUUAGGUACUGCAGCUCUUAAUGUUACUCACGUUGAACUAUCAUAAAAUAACCAAUAUUAGUUGUUGUUUCGGGGGAAGUGGCAACGUAAUUCACUUCGAGUAAAACGUUGAAGAGAAACUGUAUAAGAAUUACUUGUAUGAUUAUAGAAUUUCAGUCUAAUUAUGGAACCUGUCAUGUAAUUGUUUAUGCCAUAAUUGAUUUUACUGCUGGUCUAAUCCACACACCUUGACCAAAUAUCCUGUAUAAGUGACAUAUUGGUUUACUUUACUGUUACUGAAAGCUUGAUGGUAGUCUUAGAGAAUUAGUUACUACUUAUUUAAUACUGUGUAUGAAUUACGAGUGCUAAAGUCAUGUAUAAAAGUUCAAGCUAAACUGUGGGACCUUUAAAUAUUCCAUGGUUCAAUGUAUUACAGCUGUUAUGUAUUGAAUAAUGAACGUUCAGUAUCAUAGACAGCUUUUUAUUCAUUAUUUAACCCCAAUUUCAAGAUGGGGUCGCACUAUCCAACUGUUAAUUUCUUGGGAUGAUUUUCAGUCACAUUUCUCUCUUUCCUCCCUCUCUCCCCUUCUCUUAGAUGUUCCCAAGGACAAGAACAAAUUCAUAUUGACAGAAGGGGUCCAUUCAAUAUAUGUUUGUUUUAUUUUUAAGAAUAAUUAGAGUAUAAUGAGAAAAAAGGAAUACAUUUUCUUUGACAAACAGAGGAUUGUAUUCUGAUCAGGUAUCCCGUUAUGUAUGAAUGGUGAGUGUGUCGCUGGUGCUGGGGAGGAUCACUUAAAGAAUCUUCAACCUCGACUUAUUUCACCUUAAGAUUAACCACCCUAACCUAACAUAACUUAUCGUAUAUUAACCUAACCUCACCCCCCAAAUAGUGCCACGGUGGUUACGAAUCUUUAGGUGAAAAAUGCCGAGGUGGAGAGAUUCUUUAGGUGAUCUAUUGGGGAUGUGCUUUGUCUGAUUACCUUUUGUUUUGGUAUGGUUAAGGCCCCGAGGAGUACAUUAACCAUUAGUUUUGAAUGUAAGAUAUUUUAGUGAAUAUUAAUUACUCAUACCUGUAUUUAAUUACCUGUUGACAGUAAACCCACACAUUUAACCAAAAGUAAUAUACGUGUAAUAAUGUUUCAAGUAAUGAUGGUAAUGAAGGUUCCACAGCACUAUAAGUAUAUACUGAAGCUGCCAAAUAUUACUUAAUGCUACUUUUUAAAUACACAGUAAUAUUCUUAAGGUGAUAAUUUCCCCUUAAUAAUCUUGUGGUGACAAUAGUAAUGAUAUAAGCAUAUUAUAUUUUGAUGUACUUAGUGUAUUGUUAAGUAUUAUCAAUGCAGGAUUAAACCACUUUCUGAAAUUAUAUAUAUGUUGAAUAAUAUACUGUAUUGUUGAACCCAUGUUAGAGAGAUGUGUAUUUCAUCUGGUUAAGGCGAGUGUGGAAGGUAGAGUAAAUCGUGAGAUAUUCCUCUUGGAUUACAGAUAUAGUCCAGCAUCUACCACUAUUGGAUCUUUAACCAUUUGUGUAGGAUAUAAGUGUGAGGACUAUUAUUACCCAUAUAUGGAGGAAAAAAAAAGUUUGUGGGUUUUUAGAGGUGACUUGUGUUGUUGAGCUGAAAUGGAGGUUAUUCUGUAUACAAACCUUUUGUUAACAUAGGCUGUAUCUCUCUAUAAUGUGCGGCUGGUCACUUACUUGUAAAUACAUACAGUGUGUUUGUAUUUUAUUCAUUUACUGUAUGUGUGUGUAUUCUGCCCUUCAUUAAAGUAUGGCAAUUCAGUAAACUACACCCAGUUAACCUGAUUGCAUUUAGUAACUUUCUCUAAAUACUUUGUUUGUUGUUGACUACUUUUCUCAUAUAAUAAAUCAAAAUACAGUAUAACCAGUUUUAUGAAUUUUUCAGUAAUUUACAAAUUUUGGAGUUUUACAUUAAUUUCUAUCUUGCUUGUGGGAUACUGUGUGUUAGUUUUAUGACCUGUGGUAUUUAUAGGGAUAACGAGGUCAUAUUAAAAUGUAAUUAAGUUUGUUUUAAAUAAAGUAGGUGAAGUUAAUUGUGGGCAGAGAAAGAACCGAGAGCAAGUCGUGUAAAUGUACGUAUGAUUCACCUAUACUUUUACUUGUGUAUGGUUAUAUAUUAUAUGCAUCCAUGUGUGUGGAUACAUGGAUGUUAUGUAUGUGUGGGUAGAUUUUAGAGAAACUUACAAAUAAUUUUGGAGAAACAGUAGUGUAGUAUUUAUGAUAUUUUUGUAGAAUUAGGUAUUGAACUUUGACCUCAAUUCUGUACUGUACCGUACUAAUUAUCUUGAGGUAGCAGCACGAAGAAGUACAUAAAAUAGUGUGGAAGUUGCCAGUCUCUUGUGACCUCAGUACAAGAGAGAUGGAGAAAUUCAUUGAUAUUAGUCAUUAGGAAACCAGAAGCUCUCUCUCUCAAUCACCUACUAAUGAUUAUCAGAGAAAUUAUGGGUAUCUAUACUGUCAGUCUCUUCCUCAUGCUGACUUCCACAUUCCAUUUUGAAUUUUUAUGUGUUUGAUUUGUCUGAAGUUGUGUCGUAAAAUGACAUUAAAACAUUGAAAAGAGUUGUUUACAAUAUUGAAUAACGGUAAUGAAUCAAAAUGUUCAUCUAUAUAUAUCGAAGUUGUGAUAUACAUUCAAGUAAUGUCAAAAUAUCACAUCGCUUCAAUUACAAAGGGGAUUAAUCUUUUCUAUAAUUACUCAUAAAAGACAAUAAAUAUUUCAAUUAUCAAUGGAAGAGUAUACAGUAUAGUUUUCUACACAUAAAAACCUGGUUGUGAUAUAUGGUAAGUUAAAGACAAGUUUGUUGGGAGGGCUAAGGAGAACCAAGAGGAGGAGGAGAAGGAAGCCACAAGAAGGAUUGAAACCCAUUUUUGUAUAAAAUCUUGGCUCUUGAGUUUAUAUUCUUCCUUGGAGGUAAAUGGGGACUUAAUACACCACAAUAGGAAAGAUAGAUAGGUGUGCAAGAUGGCAGUACAGUGAAACCUCCAUAUAACGCACUUCCCUCGCCAUACAAACCGUGUGAUGGAGGGUUUCGCAUCUAACGGACCCUCGAUAUAAUGAACUUUCCUCUCCCUGUAUAGUCUGUUUAAUAGAGGUUUCACUGUAAUAUUAUAUAGGAAGCUAGUGUAUAUAUAGUAUUACUAGCUAAUUUAUUCAUAUUUUAUAAACCAUCUCUUGCUGUAGAGUAUAUGAUUAAUGUUUCAAGCUGACUGACUCAUCUACACUAUCACCAUGACACUUAAAUGCAGUUCCUUCCAUGUCUCAUCUUCAUUCAAUCCCUACUACUUCCCCUUCAGUUCUUCGGGAUAUCCACACUCACUCAUUCCACUCAAGUCUUUCAUCUGCACUUUAUCGACCAUUCUCUUCCACCUUGUUUCCUUAUAGUUUUCUACCUCUCCUUCCCCCUCAAAUUAUUGGUGUUCUAUCUGCCUUAUAUGAAGUCUCUGAUCUAGUUUUCAUCACCAUCUUGUGUUCAAUCAGCCGUACUUCACUAUUAAUGGACCAUGAACAUACCAGUAACCCCUUCAUUUUGGAUUAAUCUCUCUAUUAGUUUUUUAUAUGUAUAUGUAUGUUUCAGUCAGUAUGUCAAAUCAGGCAAUCUGUAAAAUACCCAUAACAAUGUCCAUUUCCUGUUGUUUAUAGGUAAGGUUAUUUAGCCAAGAACUACAAAUAUUCCAUUGAAUAUAACUGUAAACCUAACCUGAUCUAAUCUAAACCCUACACUAACCUAACUUAACCCAACCUAUAUACAACACAACAUAAAACGGAAUUUUUCAUGGGUAAUCUGCAAACUGCCCGAUUUCGACACAUUGACCCUAACAUACUGAACAUUGUUUGGAAAGCCAUAAAACAAACAGUAUACUGUACUUAACCGUUUAAGCAGCAAUAAAAGUACCAACAUGACUGGUGGAAAUAUACGUGUUGUAUUUUUCUGAUGUUUGUAACCCAUGAACAAACUAAACUAUAUUGUUGUUCCAUCCCCCCAAAAAAAUUCUUGUGUGGAAGAAAAUUUACUUUGUCUAGAGAAGAUAUUUUCAGUGAACAAAAAUACACAUUAACUUUUAGAUAACUGUUUUCUUGAUGGUUUUACUCUGAAAUGUUAACUUAACCCUUUGAGGAUGAUGUUUUAAACCUAUGAGAUGAUGAUUUAACCCUCCAGGAGUCAAAGGAUUAAAUAUACUGUAUUCAGUCUGUAUCUAUAUAAAUCAAGAUAAACUAUUUCUAUAUAACUAGUUAACAUUAUGGUUAUGAAAUUAUCUGUCUUCAACUAUGAUAUAAAACUUAAUGGUAAUCCUACUUUUUUAAUAUGGUAUAGUUUGUGGUGUCAAGAUGAGGAUUUUUUUAUCAAUAAAUUUCAGCUUCAAAAGUCUUAAUGAUUUUACAGAUAUAUUUUAAGUUUAUUACUGUAUUAUAUGGUUUAAAAAAUAAUCAUUAUUUCUGUAGCUCAUGUAACCGAUGUAUUUUCUUGACUAGUACUUUUAAAAUAGUAUGUAUAGUUAGAAUGAAAGGUUUUUAUUGUGUAAUAUUGAUUCGUGUAAUAAUACAGUUUUGUGAUUACAGUGAAACCUUCAUAUAACGGACUGCUCUCUCUAUUUAGUUCAUUAGACGGGUGUUCACAUCUAACGGAACCUCGAUAUAACAGAAUUUCCUCCCCGUAUUGUCCGUUAAAUAGAGGUUUCACUGUGCUAAAACGUUACUAUAUGUGUGACCAAUACUGUACCUUGUUAUAGUUCUGUAAAGGUUAAUACAACAUGUGUGGACACUUAACUGUAUGUACACUCUAGUCAUAUGCAUUCAACAUAUAUUUCAGACGUUUAGGUCAUUUUUAUGUCAAGGUUAAUGCGGCAUUAAAUUGUCAAGUGUAAUAAUUUGGUUGGAUUCCAUGACUAUGAACUUUAAAUAAAGAUAACUAUAUAAAA